AUGGCCAUCACCGAGACAAUCAAGCAUGCCGUCGGCCUCGAGGCUGGCCCUUCGACCUCUGCUUCGCGUGAGGAAAUGUCCGACGCAAGACUCCCCAUUCCCUACAGAGACACCUGCGCCCACCUUUUGAUCCCGCUGAACCGCUGCCGACACAACGAGUACUACUUGCCCUGGAAGUGCGAGGUACGAUUACUCUCCAACAUACUACAACCAUUCUUCUUUUCCAUCCUACGACCCACCUACAUACCGCAAGACAUCUUUCUGACUCGAACAACAAAACAGAACGAGAGACACUCGUACGAAAAGUGCCAAUACGAAGAAUUCAAGAAGCGCGUCGCAAAGAUGGAUGAACUGAGAGCUGCAAAGGGCGGCGAGAGAAGCAACUAA